AUGGCAAUAGCUUUGUUACGACGACGUUGGGUGGUGAAGAUGUCCUUGGGUCGACUUCGAGCAACAAUGAAAUGGAUUGGUUUGGACUUUCUUGAGAACCCACGGCCUGGAGUUCAGACUCACCAAUUAUGCCAGCCCAAAAUCAAUACUUGUAUGGCAAACCCAUUCUCUGGAAGGAAAAAUUAUGGCAAAAGAACUUAA